AAAGAGCAGUGAAGGGUUUCGGAUUUCAGAAGAUUACUCGGAAAAUUCAAUGGAAAGCUUUGGACACAUAGGUGUUGGUCACUCUACUCCUACGAUUGCCCCAUCGCCUUACCCAAGAAAGCCCCCCAAACUCCUUUCCACCACCACAUGCUCCGCCAGCAAAUGGGCCGAGCGACUCCUCGGCGACUUCGAAUUCCUCACCACCACCAACACUAACGACUCUGACCUCCACCACUCUCUCUCCACCACCACCACCACUCUCUCUCCCCCUAUCCCUCCUCCUACACUAUCCCCUCCUGAACGCCACGUGUCUAUUCCGAUCGACUUUUAUCAUGUGCUAGGAGCUGAGACUCACUUCUUGGGAGAUGGUAUCAAGAGAGCUUACGAUACUAGGGUUUCUAAGCCGCCUCAGUAUGGCUUCAGUCAAGACGCAUUGAUCAGCCGGAGACAGAUUCUCCAAGCCGCCUGUGAAACCCUAGUCGACCCUACAUCUCGACGUGAAUACAAUCGAGGCCUCCUUGAUGAUGAGCGUGAAACCAUUGUCACUCAAGUUCCCUGGGAUAAGGUUCCUGGGGCUUUGUGUGUGCUACAAGAAGCUGGGCAGUCUGAGGUGGUUCUUCAGAUUGGACAGAGCUUACUAAGAGAGAGACUGCCCAAGUGUUUCAAGCAAGAUGUUGUGCUUGCUAUGGCUCUCGCUUAUGUCGACAUGUCAAGGGAUGCUAUGGCAAUGAACCCUCCGGAUUUUAUUAGAGGUUGCGAGCUGCUUGAGAGAGCUUUGAAGCUCUUGCAGGAGGAAGGGGCCAGUAGCCUUGCGCCAGAUUUACAAGCACAGAUUGAUGAGACAUUGGAAGAUGUCACUCCUCGUUGUGUUCUGGAACUUCUAGCCUUACCACUUGGUGAUGAAUUCCGCACAAAGAGGGAGGAGGGUCUCCGUGGGGUGCGCAACAUUUUGUGGGCUGUUGGAGGAGGGGGUGCAGCUGCAGUUGCUGGAGGAUUCACCCGUGAAGCUUUCAUGAAUGAGGCUUUCUUACGGAUGACUGCAGCUGAGCAGGUUGAUCUAUUUGCAGCCACACCAAGUAAUAUUCCUGCAGAAAACUUCGAAGUUUAUGGGGUAGCUGUUGCCCUAGUUGCCCAAGCCUUUGUAGGUAAAAAACCUCAUCUCAUCCAAGAUGCUGAUAAUCUGUUUCGACAGCUUCAGCAGUCUAAGAUGACAACUAUAGAUGGUUCUCCCUCUGCAUAUACCCCUGAAGACAACCGUGAGACAGGUUUUGCAUUGGAGAGGGGUCUUUGUUCAUUGCUUGUAGGAAAGCUGGAUGAGUGUCGUUCAUGGUUGGGCUUAGACAGUGAAAACUCACCUUACAGAAAUAUUUCAAUAGCUAACUUUGUUUUUGAGAACUCAAAGGAUGACGACGACGACAAUGAUCUUCCUGGGCUUUGUACAUUGUUGGAGACGUGGCUUAUGGAGGUUGUUUUUCCUAGAUUUAGGGAUACCGAAGAUAUCCAGUUCAAGCUUGGAGACUACUAUGAUGAUCCUACUGUAUUGGUAUAUUUAGAAAGAUUAGAGGGAGUUGGUGGUUCGCCCUUAGCUGCUGCCGCAGCUAUAGUGAGGAUUGGGGCCGAGGCAACUGCAGUCCUUGAUCAUGUGAAGGCAAGUGCAAUUGAGACCUUGCAGAAAGUGUUUCUUGCAGGCUAUAGAGACAAGAGUGCAGGACACCAAGAAGAUGGUCCGGUGAAUAGUUCUGUUUCUGCCGUUAAAGGUGGAGAGACUGACAAAAAACCUGAUCAAGAUGGUUUGACCACCAUGAUUGAGAUUUCUGGAAAUAACUCUUCCGAGGCGAAUAGUGAUGAAGAAGUAAUUACUGACAAAAUAAAAGAUGCAAGUGUGAAGAUCAUGUGCGCUGGUGUGGCAAUUGGACUGAUUACUUUGGUUGGUUUGAAGUAUAUACCAGCCAGGAAGAGCUCAUUGACUCCACGACGAGAAAGUGGGUCAGCGAUGGCAUAUGAUAUCAUCAAUGCAGGGUCACCAGAGAAUGAGAAUUCUACGGAGGAGUUAUCAAGAAUGGAUGCUCAAAUUGCAGAAGGCAUAGUUCGCAAGUGGCAGCGCAUAAAAUCGCAGGCUUUUGGAUCCGAUCAUUGUUUAGGAAAAUUGCCUGAGGUUUUAGAUGAUCAGAUGCUAAAGGCGUGGACGGAGAGAGCUGCUGAAAUUGCCCGACUAGGUAUGGUAUUAGAUCACAGUUUGUUGAACUUGAGCAUUGACAGUGUGACUGUCUUAGAGGAUGGGCGGCAUGCCGUGGUGGAAGCAACCAUUGAGGAGUCUACCCAGUUCACUGAUGUGGUUCAGCCAGAGAACAAUGCCUCAAACACUAAAACCUACACAACACGAUACGAGAUGUCUGGUUCCAAUUCAGGAUGGAAAAUUACUAAGGCACAACUCCUCAAGUCAUAAGUAGAUGAUUUCAAACUACUGAAUAGACUAUAUUCUGUACAUACCAACUUUGAUAGUAAGGGUUCUCUCAUUUGAUUCGUCUUCAUAUAGUUGAAUUUGAAUCUGAUGCGUUUAGUAUGAUAUGUUAUAGAAAGCUCAAGUUCAAAUACAUCAAGAAUAUGGUCCGUUAUGGGCCAUAGGUCUGCUAAAA